AAAAGUUUGAUAUCGUCAAAUUAUAAGUACGCCUUGACUGAAGGGCCAGUGGGCAAUCAAGGGUAUUAUUAUUUAACAGCGCGCAACGAGAAGAGCCGUAUUCUCCUGUCAAUGAUGGAUCCAUCUAACCACCACCUUUUUUGAUCCUGUUGCAUUCCUAUAGAUAUUUAUAUCCAUCCCGGACAGUCGAAUCUCUAGCAAUAAUCAAUUAUAGCAUACACGAGAAUCUGACGCACCUAGUUCCGAACGCAAAUAAUUAAUUUACAUAGGUUUGUGCCACUGAUACUUCAUUGUAGACAGCAUUGGCACGCUCUCAUUCUCCUUCGCAUUUCGCCUAAGAGUACCCCACACCUAAUCACAGUUUGAGGCUCCCAGUUUCGUCUUCUUUUUUAUUUGUUUUCUGACUACCAUUUAGGGGGUAGUAUCCUUAGGAUCCUACCGUAUCGCCUCUCCUGCCUUUAACCGCCUUAGGAACGAUCUGGACGGGGCAACAUUUUGGCCAUCGGGCACUUCUUGGAAGAAAGGGACGGAAUCAGUUGCCUCGUGGAAUCAAUACAAGCCACACCCUUCCUUCGUUCCAUGACUAUACCUUUCGACCCGUCCCGAAAGGCUUCUCCUAGUCUGAGGCGUCUUAUUAUAGAUUCGGUGGGAAGCCCACCCAUUAUUCUCUCCUAGAAACUCCAGUCACGAUUGCUGCGUAUAUGGUAAAGGUGGAUACAUCCUGUCGUGCCUAUGCGGCACUUUUGGCGACAAACCCGUCCAGCUGUUAUCAUAUAUAUCAUUCGAUGACCACAAUAUCUCUUUACCUCCUUGAGAUCGCCAAGGGCCAUUGGAGUCCCUCGCUUCACCCAUCAUCUUCCGACGGAACGGCCUGUGGAAAGAGAGAAAGAUUAAGAGCAGAGGAACGACACCGGCAAGGUGGAACAGAAGGGAGUGCUUGCAAGUUUAAUAGACCAAAAGCUCCAUUGAUAGCUCAGAACUAUUAUACCUUGAGAUUCGACUGCCUCCGAAAUGCAAGGUUAUCCUAAUGUCUCACCUCCUGCCCCUCCAAAGGAGGGCCAUAAAAAUUACGUUUUUGUUGAUGAGCAUAACAGGCAUAAGAGACUGAAAGUAAUGCGAGCUUGCAACGGCUGCCGAAAGCGGAAGAUUAAAUGCGACGCUGCUACAACGAAUACCUGGCCUUGUUCAGCAUGCACAAGAUUGAAAAUUGUAUGCGUGCCUCCAACCAGUCUACAAGAGGGAGAUUCAUCCUCCAUGGCACUGGAAAGUGAGGCCACUCAAGUUGGUCUCAUCGGCUCUAGCACACCUGAUGCUCCCCACUACACCAUGGCAAAUCGGGCGUUCAGGGACAACAUCCAAGUUACAGCAGGACACACAAUUCCCUGCAGUCAUGGAAUGGACCUAUUUCGGAACUAUGCUCAGGCGCCUCACAGCCAACAAAAUGUAUAUGGCGAUGUGCGGGCGUCACAUAUAACUACCCCCCAUAGUGCGUACCAGAACUCACAGGUUUUUCCAGCGGCACAGGGGCAUCUUGGGGCCCCAGAUCCUGGUAUUUCAACUGCGGACAGUCUCAGUGAGGUUCUUGGGGAACUCAAAAUGGAUGAAAGCGGUAUCGCGCCAUAUAUUAGACAGCAGAAAAAGGGAUGUGCAGGACCAGAUACUCUAGUUCAGGAUGAGGCAGAGGAUACACUGCCACCCCUCUGUACUAGGGCAGGCUCACGGGUCGGGAUACCCCCUGAGCUUAUGCCCUCUGAUGAAGAAGCUCUGAACUAUUUUAAAAUCUACUUCAGAGAUAUACAUCCCUAUGUUCCAGUUAUCCAUCGGUCGCACUUUUAUUGGCAAUGGGAAAAUGACCGCGAUUCGAUUUCCCCGCUUCUACUCGAAAGCCUUUUUGCGUCUGCUAGCAGAUUCUCUGAUAGCCCGGCGCAAAGCGCACAAUGGCUAGCAUUAGCAAAUAGUGAGUUAUCCUUCUUCUCGACGGCUACGGUCACCUUAGUCUGCUUGCGCCUGGGUUCAUUUGGCUUAUGUAUAUGCGUGUAUCUUUCUACAGAGCACGAAUCUAGUUUUAUGGACGUACCCCGCUUGAGCACCAUUCAAGCGAUGCUUCUACUGUUGAAGGCGAGAGAAUCAACACCAAAGAAAGGGUAUUUUUAUCGGUCUUGGCAAGCUGUCAAGACCAUGAUUUCUAUGUCCAAAGACCUGGAUAUCCAUGAACAUCACGGUACCCAUGCAGAGGGGAAGCCCUGCGCACUGGACCCUGUGGAAUGCUUAGAACAAACUAGGGUAUGGCAGACGCUCCUGGUUGUCGAAGCGAUGGUAGGAGGGCCUCAAGGACGUUCGGAUUACGGCGUUGAUCUAAAGACAGUCGACAUACGGCCGACCUUGGACAUUGCUGGCCUAGACCAAUUUGAGAUCAAUUGCUCUAAACAGUACGCUUAUUUCGUUCAAAAUGCGAGCCACCUUCGCAUCCUUACAGACCUUUUUCAUAAGGUUAAGCGAAAUGCGGAUUGGGCUGCCGACCCUAGAUUCAUGGCAAAUAGCCCUCUUUUUACCGACUGGUUUCGGAACCUGCCCCCGGACUUGCAGGUCAACUAUCCCGCAGAUGGUUCACCACCUUGGAUACCAUCACAUUUUGUGGCUCACAUGCAUUGCUACUGCCAUUUGGGAAUUAUCGGACUGCACCGUCCGCAGUUACUUACCCCGAAGUCCUUUGCCGGAGGAGAUUGGAAAGUCCGCAUGGCUCUAUGCUACUCAUCUGCUAAGAAAAUUUGUCGCCUUCAAGAGGCUAUUCUGAGACAUUUUGGUCUUCCAGGGUUACUCUUCAUGCAAAGGGGCAUCAGUUUCACAAUUUAUGCCACUCUGGCGUGCACGAUGCUCCAUCUGGUUGCGAUAACGUCUCCGGACCCUGACUUACAUCGUGACGCGCGAGAGUUCUUCACUCGACACAUGCGUAUUCUUGAGCUGUGCUCGCCUGCUUGGCCAAUGCCUGAAAUCCAGGCUCAGAUCGAUUCUUUAAGGCUCGCAUUUUCCGCCAAUAUAAACUAUCCAUUUGAAUUAAAGCCAUCCUUCCCCUACGGUAGUCCUUCGGAAGCAUACCCACCAAGUCCGCUGCAUGAUUCUCACUAUAAUGAUCAAUUAAAUUCCAUUCCUAACACGAUUCAGAACAGCAUGGGUUAUAGCACGCAUCCCCUCACUCCAGUUUCUGUGGGCACGGGAGAGUCCAAAUCCGACCCAUCCCAAAUACAAUCCUUUGGGGUAAUAUCGCAAACUGCUCCUUUGAAUCAGCAUUUCAAUGCCCCGUUGGUAGAUGAAGACAGCUGGGAUCCUACUCGAAUUAUUAAUCAAUGGAACACUGCUUUUGCAAACGCUCCAACUGCCGUCAGUACAGACUCACUUCCGGCGGCUAUCAACGAUAUUCCCCAGACGUUGCCGAACCCCGCGACAAAUCAAUAUUCUAUCCAGUAUGGACUAUCCUCUAAUGUACCAUCAAUUAGUUCAGCUCAGUCCGUUUCCCAGCCUCCAUUCAAUGGACAGCAGCAACUUUUAAUGAUAGCACGUGAUUGGCAACACAAAGUGGCCAGUGUAUAUGAUCCUCAUGGUUUGAAACGGAGAUGGGAUUACUCCGUAAAUGUGGAAACGGCAGAUCUAUCGAAGCAUCAACGAUGAAAAAUGUGUGUGCUAUUUGCCUCUAUUGAGCCUUGCAUUUAGGAAAGAAAAUGGAUACAACAACCUUAAAUCUUCCACGACCGAAUAGUCGUAAUAUGGGCCUACAUGGCUUAUUUGCUUUUCCCCAACUUUCCUGUACAAAAGUCAGUAAAUCACAGGCUCUUAUACAGGUAAUAUAAUUGUAAGCGGCACAUGGAGUACGUAAAGCCUGUUUCCGACUUGCCGAUGGAAAUUGUUUCCUGGAUUCGAUUCUCAGGAGACACGUAGCACAUCAUGGCUAAAUCGUGGCUAUGUCUCUGGCAGUGCUGG